CUAAUUUAUUUAUUUAUUUAUUUAUUUAUUUAUUUAUUUGUAAAUAUAUUUAAACCCACAUACUAAAAAAAUUUUAUUUUAAUACAUAAAAUUUUUUUUUUUGUAAAACUAUAAUUAUUAUAAUAAAUUAAACAUAAUCAGUAGCAAUAGAAAUCAGGCAGAUAAUAAUACUACAAUGGAUAGACAAUCAGUUGUUAAAUCUACAGCCAUUCCAUUCCCAUUAAAUUUUGAUAAUCAAAAAUAUGAGGAUAUGUAUAAAGCUUAUAAUAAGAUUAUGAUUUUAGCAAGAGACUUAAAUGCAUUUAUCGAGAUUCCAGAAUUUGUAUUUAUUGGAAAAGAAAAUAAAAGUACAUUAAUUGAAUCAUUUAUUGGAUUUUCUUUAGGUCAAGUUUGUAAUAUUUUAAGACCACUACAUAUUUCAUUAAAUAAUAACCCAAGAUAUGACAAACCAACAGUUACAUUCAAAAGAGAUCGUUCAUUAGAUGGAUUUGAAGUCGACAAAUUAGUUGAAAUUACAAAUGUUGCAGAAGAAAUUUCAAAGAGAAAUUCAAAAACAAAUACUCCAAUUGAAAUUACAAUUGAAUAUAAAUAUUACUUGAAUAUGUUAUUAAUCGAACCACCAAAUGUUGCAAUUCAACCACAAUCAUCAGCAACAGUCACUUCCAGUACACCAACACCAAUUUCAUUAUCAUCAUCAUCAUCAAGUGCAAACUUGUUAGCAAGUAAAAUUGCAAAACUCUCAUUAGGUCAAGAAAUGGGAGAAAUGAUUUUAACCUAUACCAAGCCAACCAAUAGAACCUUAAUUUUUGUUGACAAUGCUACCAAAUCCGAAUCCGAAAUGUUAGAAUUAGCAAAGAAAUUAGAUUAUAAAUUAGACCGUUCAAUUUUUGUUUUUAACAAAUUCAACAAUCUCCUUACAACCGAUCCAUUUUCAAAUGGUAGAGAAGCUAAUCGUUUCCUUGGUUCAUCCAAUUUCUCAGCACCAACAUUCUUCACCACACUUCCAGUUCCAGAACAAAGUUCAAAAUGUAAAAACAAAGAAGAGCUUCAAGAGUUCUGCGAAAAACUUCAACAAAAAGAUCUUGAUAUUUUAGAACAACUUCAAUUCGAUAAGAAAUUCGAAAGAAAUGUUGGUCUUACAGCCUUCAAACACUUUAUCAAUGAAUUAAGCUGGAGAAAAUAUUUAGAUAAUGUCCCAGAGGUCCUCAAAAGACUCAACUCAUUCCGUACUACCUCCGAGGAUCAAUUAAGUCAAAUCAGACAACAAUUAGAUAAAACCAACGCUAUUACUCUUCGUCAAAUUGCAAACUCCUAUGUCUCCAUUGAAUUUAUUCAGUGCAUUGAAAAGUUAGUAACUCGUACUUUGGAGGGUAAUCCAUCACUCAAUGGUCAAACUUUAGAAGAAGAGAAAUCACAAGAUGAAACUGGUGAUUGGUACGAUCAUAACGGUAGACAAAUCAUUUUAAAUGAUGAGAAAUCAGCAAGUGUACCAUUUUCAGAUAACAAACUCUAUGGUGGCCAACAAUUUGAAAGACUUUUAUCCGAGUUCAAAUGUAUUACCGAGGUUAUUGAAUUGGAUGAGCUUUCCGGUAGCGAAAUUGCAUGUGCUAUCGGUUCUAAUCGUCCAUCAAAUGUAUCGGUUUUAGCAUGGGCAGCUAGCGAUCUUGCUCAAAAGAAAAUUAAAGAGGCACUUUUACCAUUAGUAGACCAACUCUUUAAGAGAUCAACUUAUAUUCUCCGUCGUUUAGUCGAUAUUGUAGAUCGUAUGAUUGAAAAUAAAAAGAAGUCAUCAUUCCGUCGUCAUGGUAAUAGUGCAAGUCUUUUCCAAGAUAAUUCAUCACCAAGUUCCUCAAAUUUAUCAGGCUAUGGUAUUCAGUCAAUGAAUGGUGCCAGUGAUUACAGUGCUCCAGUACGUCCAUCCCACGAAAGUACCAUUGUAAAUGUUGAGGAUCAUCCAUAUUUCAUCUAUUACGUUAAAGAAAUGUACUUUAAAUAUGUAGACCAAAUUGCUGCCGACUGUAAGAACAAAUGUAUGGAUGAAUUUUAUACCACUCGUCUUAUUUAUUGGGAUCUCCAAUCAAAUAAGGACUUGAAAAAAUUCACAGAAUCACCAUCAACUUCAUUAAAUAAUAGCGGUUUCAGUACUAAAUCAAGUGCCACUACCACCAAUACCACAGGUUCAGUUGCAAGUACAAGCAGUCACGCAUUGAGCUCAAAAGAAACUCAUACCAUCGUCACUGAAUUGGCAUCAAAACUUUUCCAAGAUAUUCGUAACAGAAUCUCAAAGAAUAUAAUGUUGAAAUGUUACAACUACUUUUUAAUUCCAAUGCAAAUGGAUCUCAAAUUAAAUAUCCAAGAUAAUAUUACAAAACUUACUGAUACAAUGCUUGAAGAAAUAUUUGAGGUUCAAACAACUAAAGAACGUUUACGUGAAGAUGAACGUCAUUUAUCAUUAAUCUGUAAUCAAUUUGUUCAACAAGAAGAAAAUUAUAAAAAAUACUCUCAUCAAUUUUCACAUCCAGCAUUUUAAAAUAAUUUAUUAAUUUUAUAAUAAAUAAAAUAAAAAAAAAUAAAAAAACAAUUAUUUAUAAUAAAAAAAAAUCAACACUAAAAUAAUAAGGGAUAAAUUAUGUGUUAUCUAAUAUCGACUCGCAUAACAAUGGUAAUCAUAGUUGUGAUUAGUAGUUAAAUAAAAUUAAUUUU